CGAGACCGCAAGCACCCAACGAACACCUCGACAACUCCUCCCGACAACCACCGCCGCCAUGGGUCGUCUUCACAGCAACGGAAAGGGUAUCUCUUCGAGCGCCAUCCCAUACUCGCGCGCUCCUCCGGCAUGGCUCAAGACCACGCCUGAUCAGGUCGUCGACCAGAUCUGCAAGCUCGCAAAGAAGGGUGCCACUCCAUCGCAGAUUGGUGUCGUUCUCCGUGACUCGCACGGUGUUGCCCAGGUCAAGGUUGUCACUGGUAACAAGAUCCUCCGUAUCCUCAAGGGCAACGGCCUCGCUCCAGAAAUCCCAGAGGACCUCUACAUGUUGAUCAAGAAGGCCGUCGCUGUCCGCAAGCACCUCGAGCGCAACCGCAAGGACAAGGACAGCAAGUUCCGCCUCAUUCUGAUCGAGUCCCGUAUCCACCGCCUCUCUCGCUACUACAAGACCGUUGGUGCUCUCCCACCAACCUGGCGAUACGAGAGCGCCACUGCCAGCACCCUCGUCGCAUAAGCGUAUCGCACUCGCAUCGAGAUCUGGUUGUUGCAUUCAGGAACGGAAAGCAUGGCGUCAAGGAGGAUAUCCAACGAGGCACACUGCCUUUGCUGCAGUAUGAUGACGGCGGAAGAGCACGCCGAAAAGGCACUUUGGUAGCCACGAAAUCAAGACAAGAAACUUCACGCGCCA